GUUUUUGAUUAAAGAAAUUCAAGACUAAAUUCAAAAUAAACUCAAAAAGUGAUGUUUUAAGUAAACGAUUGAAUCAAUUGAUUUGAAGACAAUAAUGAUUAACAGAGUGGUCACCAAUGUUUGUCACUCAAUGACUUUCAUCGCAAGACACCAUUCAUUGUCUCUCUGUUUUCCAAAGCACCGGCCAUUUGUCCGCUGUCUGUCCACUGCAUGUGAACCGAGACAUAUGAUUACCGACACGUUUCGGACACAAGAGUCACAUCCAUCGCAACACUCUUCACAACAUUUAGCGAUGUUUUAUACGAUACCACCCGAGUUGGCCAACAGAUUGUUUAUAUUAGGCGGUUGGGACAGACAACAACAAAACGCAUUCAAGACAUUCAAUGAGACCUCUAUUAUGGUUAGAAGUCCUGCACUCGAAGUCUUUGAAUAUUUGAAAAGAGCGGACUAUUCGCGACCAGUCAACAGAUAUGUCUUCUUUGGUCCAAUCGGUUCGGGAAAGACGUAUACAUUGAACCAUAUCUUGCAUUUCGGGUUCGAACACAAGUUUUUGUUGUUAUAUUGUCCGAACCCUUCAGAUUGGGUCCGAUAUCCCGAAGAAACGGCACAAUCACAGCAUAAGGUCGAACGCAUUGAUACACCGAUUGAUGCGGCCGUUUGGCUACAACUUUUCCGAACACAUAAUAGCCAUCUUUUGGAUGAACUCGAUUUAAGAGCGUCAAAGCAAUAUGUGUGGAGUCAGCGGGAGGUAACAGAAGCGGGAGAUCCACUCAAGAAUAUUCUGGAACACGGAAUUAAUCGUAUAAAACAUGCGUCCGAUUGUAUGGCUGUUUUGAUUAAAGAAAUUAAGACUCAAAGCAGUUCUCAAAAGUUUAAGACAUUAGUUAUUGUCGACAAAGUGAACGCUUUUUAUGAAAAAAGUAAAAUAAAAUAUCCGGACAGAAGUCUAGUUGAUAUCGACAACAUUACAAUCGCCCGGGCCUUCAAAAAAUUGUUUACUAAUGAUUGGUCAAAUGGUGCUGUCGUAGUGUCUGUAUGUAAGAAACUAAUAGUUCCCUACAGAAUAUUUAACUUCCCGGCACCGCUAAAGAAAGUAAAUACACGAACCCGAAGACAACUCGAUGCCGAACCUAUGACUGCUAAACAUUUAAGUGAUUUACCUCAAGAUUUAUUAACCAAUUUGGGUUUUAAAGAUUUUGAUCCAUUUGUUCCAAUAGAAGUAACACUUUAUGACGACAAAGAAAUGGAAAGUUGUCUCAACUAUUACACCGAUAGAAAAUGGAUUCAGAGAACAGCUGCCAAAUCACGUGAAGGCAGAAAUGAAAUCAAAUUUCUAACCGGUUUUAAUCCAUUAGAAACCUAUGAAUUUACAUCUGCUCUCUAAUAUCUAAUAGUUUUCUUAUUUGUCUUUUAA